GCCCCCUCCCUGUUACUUCGUCUUCCGGGAUUGAAGGCGAAAACAGUGCUCCGGGGCAUGUGCAGAGUUUUUCCCUGAGACCGAACCAUGAUCUCGGAGGUGUUCGUGCUCUCCUCGCAAGGCGACCGGCUCCUCUAUAAAGACUUCCGCGGGGAAGGCGACCGAGGCCUCGUGGAGGACUUUUAUCGGAAGGUGACGGCGCUGCCUGCAGACCAGGCCCCAGUCUUCAUGGAGGCGCGCCCCCCGGGGCUCCACUUUGCGCAUGUGCGUCACGGGGGGCUCUACUUCGUGGCCACCAUCCCUUCCGGGGCCUCACCUUUCGCAGCACUGGAGUUCCUCAACAGACUGGCGGCACUGCUGAGGGAUUCCUGUGGAGCCCUGGACGAAAGGAGCGUGGCCCUCAACUUCGCCCUCCUCUACGAACUCCUGGAUGAGUUGCUGGACUACGGCUACGUCCAGAGCACGGCCCCCGAGGUGCUGCGGAACUUCCUGCAAGUGGAGCCGGUCCUGGGCCCGCGCUUCAGCCUCCUGGACCUCAGCUCCGUGGGGCUGUUUGGAGCAGACACUCAGCAGAGCAAGGUGGCCCCCAGCUCUGCUGCUGCCCGGCCAGCUCUCUCCCUACGCGGGGAACAGGGCUCCCGGCCGGAGGUCUUCCUGGACCUGGUGGAACGCCUCACAGUGAUCAUUGCAGCCAAUGGCAGCCCCAUGAAAGUCGACAUCCAAGGGGAGAUCCGGCUCAAGAGUUUCUUCCCAAACUGCUCUGAGAUGCGGGUGGGCCUCUCGGAGGAGUUCUGCGUGGGCAAGAUGGAGCUCCGGGGUGAGUGCCAGCCCCUCCCCUUCACCUCCCCCUCUCCUUGGGCUCUCCCCCUUGAAGCUGCCCCCCUUCUCUCCUUCCCAGGCUACGGCACAGCGGUCCGCGUGGACGAGUGCUCCUUCCACAGCUCGGUGAGGCUGGAUGAGUUUGAGCGCAGCCGCGUCCUGAGGGUGACCCCCAGCCAAGGGGAGCUGACCCUGAUGCAGUACCAGCUGGCUGACCACUGCCCCACCGCCCUGCCCUUCCACCUCUUCCCCACUGUCCACCAUGACCUUCCUAGUGGCCGGGUGCAAGUCUACCUCAAGCUCCGCUGCGACCUCCCACCCAAGAGCCAUGCUGUCAAUGUCCGUGUCCACCUCCCGGUCCCCAAAGCGGUGCUGAGCCUCUCCCAAGAACUGAGCAGCCCUGAGCAGACGGCCACCCUGCAGACCAGCACCAAGUCCGUCGAAUGGGUAGUGCCCCGCAUCCAGGGUGGCUCCCAGCUCUCUGCCCUCUUUAAGCUGGAGGUGCCUGGCCUGGGCCGUGGAGGUCUGCGGGAGCUGGGCCCAGCCAACCUGUCCUUCGAGGUGCCGGCCUUUGCCUGUUCGGGUCUGCAGAUCCGCUUCCUGCGCUUUGUGGGGCCCCAGACCAGUCUCCCCCACCGCUGGGUGCGCUACGUGACGCACAGUGAUGCCUACGCCAUCCGCCUCAAUGCGGGGUCAUAGCAGCGGACAGUGACCAUCUCUCUCCCUCCAGGAUAGACAAGGACAGCCCGCAGGUGCUUUGCACAAAAAAACUUUAUCCUUGAACCGAGAGUCAACAAGCAGAGACAGGCAAACAGCCUAGAACUCUGCAAACAGUGCAACAGAAACAGUGCAACGGAAACAGUCCCACGGCGGCCCCCUCCAACCUUCCUUCUGAGGGAAGGGGCCUGGGAGAAAAAGCAAUCGGCUUAACUUCAGCUCCAAAACUGGCCCUGAGGCACAAGGCACUGACCGGUGGGAAGGGAAGAGGGAGGUGGGAGGCUCAGCCUCAGUCGUUCUGCAAAGAAGAGAGAGACUUUAAUGGAGGCAAGGCCCCUUCCCAGACUGAGCAAAAGGUCUGCAUUUACCAUUUCCCCGAAAAUAAGACAUUCCCGAAAAAUAAGACCUAGAAGUUUUGCUGAAUUUCUAAAUAUAAGGCCUCCCCCGAAAGUAAGACCUAGCAAAGUUUUUGUUUGAAUGCCCAGCGCCUGCCAAACAGAACACCAGAGCAUGCAGGACUGGUAAAUGUACAUAACAGUUGUACAUGGAAAUAAUGGUAGUAACAGGAAAUUAUUGAUAGGAUUCACAGUUUGUCUGGUUAUGCUGGUUUGUGAUGACAACUACUGUACAGUAUAUAAUAAAUGUUCAUUUUUUGUUCUACAAUAAAUGUGAAUUCUUCAUAGAAAAAUAAGACAUCCCCUGAAAAUAAGACCUAGCACAUCUUUGUCUUAUUUUCGGGGAAACAUGGUAGCUCACCCCAAUACAGGCUUCCUGUGUACAGCCAGCUUCCUUCCCUUUCUUUGCAUGGCUUUUCUUUGGGAGGAGGGGGUGUCAGCCUAUCAUCCCUGCCACAGGUGCCACGGCCACACCCUCAGGGCCCUCUCUUUUUUUGAGGGGAGGGGCUAGUCUGAUCAGGCAAGGAACCCCAAGGGAGGGGGGAAGGCAGGCGAAAAGCAUGCCCUCCGCCACCCAAAAACAAGAGCUCCCCAAUGCUGCCAGAACUCCUCCUGGGGAGGAAGUCCUAACAGAAAGGAUGCAGGAAAUGGGCCUCCUGGGUCCAUAUGCCCCCCCCCCCCCCCGCCACCAUACACACACUCUUGAGCCCCUCCUACCAGCCCGGAGGCAAAGUCGUCAUCGUUUUCCUCCUCCUCGUCCUGGCUGCUCUCUAGGCUCUCGAUCAUGACCUCCUCAGCCUCCAUCAGCUGCUGCCUGUGGGGCAUAAAUGGGGAUGGGGGGGUUGUCUCUGCCUCCAUCUCCCCACAGAGAGACGUGAAAGGGUUUCCUUCCCAGUAGUUAUUAUUAACGUUAUUUACAUCUCGCCUUCCUCCUGUGGAGACUCAAGGCGGCUAACAAUCCCACACUUAGUCAAGUUUGAAAUGCGCAAUACAAAAGUUAAGGAACAAUUAAGUAGUAACAGUGUCGUAAAAACAUUAAAACACAAUACACUUAAAAUAACAGCAACACCAAACGCCCUGGCAGAGACCUAGCACAAUGAUGGGCAAGCUUUUGCGCUUGGUGUGUCCAAAUUCACCAAAAAACCUAGCAUGACUUGGGUGGUGUGUCACUUCGAGAAAAAAAACCCCUAAUUUUGCAAUAUGUAGUUUAAAUAACAAAAUAUAUAAUUGUAAUAUAUAACUGUAUUUAAUAAAUCAAAAACUAUUUACUACAAUUAUUUCCAUGUACAACAAUCUAUGGUACCUCUUGCAGUUUCCACGCUGAUUUCUCUCUAUUCUAGUUUCAAUGUAGUCACGAAUAAUAAUAUAAUAGUAAUAAUAUGAUAAAAUGUAAUGUGCAUAAUUCCCAUGGACUAAACAACAAAACCACUGGACCAAAUCGCAUCAAAUUUGGCCACAAAAGACAUAGCCAUCCAAUCAAUCUGCAUGUGGCAGCAAAAAUGGCUAGGUGUGUCAGUGCUGACACGCGUGUCAUAGGUUGGCCAUCAGUGACUUAGCAGGUUGUCUUCUCCCGCUCCAGCCAUGGACUGAAGGCGGUCAGUGGCCUUUGGCCACUCAAAGGCAAGCUCUACUCAUUUGGCCGCCUCUCCUCCCCCUCCAGCCACAGACUGUCAACUUUGGGAUGAGUUCACUGAAGACAGCAAGGUGCCACCUUGAGCGGCAUCAAGAGGCCCCUUUGCGCUUCCUAACAUCAACCACCAAGUGCCAGGCAGUUUCUUGUCCUUGUGCUGCCUCUGGGCCGGGAAAUGGCUGCUGCUGCAUCUCCUGGUUGAGAUGAGUCCUUCUUUGUGGGAUACCUCCUUCCUUUUAUCUCUCUGGGGCUGGUAUGGGCAACCUAGGCCCGUGGCCCCGAUGUGGCCCCUUGGGCUAUUUUCUCAGGCCCUCUUCUCUCUCUCUCACCACCCUUCCUUCCUUCCUUUAUUUAUUUAAUACAUUUAUAUCCCGCCCUUCUCACCCUGAAGGGGACUCAGAGCGGCUUACAAAUUAAAUUUACAUACAAUAUCAUAUUAUUAGCAUAGCACAAUACUGGCAAUAAAUUACCAUAUUGUACUAUAUCUAUAUAUUGUAAUAUUAUUAAUAAUAUUACAUGUAAUAUAUAAUUUAUAAUUAAUAUUAUUAUAUUGUAUUAAUAGUAUUAUAUUGUAUUAUAUUGUAUUCCUUCCCACCCUUUCUUCUUUCCUUCUAUUUUUCCUUCCUCCUGGGGGAUGUUUAGCUGGGAGAAGAGAAGGUAGAAGUAACAUGAGAACCAUGUUUCCAGAUUUCAAAGGACAUCCCACUGAGGAGCAGGAAGAAGGGGGAAAACUGACUUUCUGCUGCUCUAGAGACACUGGGGAGGAACUAGUUUUGCCCUGGUGCACAAUGUGUUUUUAAAACCUGCCAAAUUUAAUGUGUAUUUUAUUAUUUUUAUUAGUUGCAGUGUUUUUUUAUUUUGUCAUGUUUUUUUAUUGCUUGGUUUUAUAUUUAUUUGUUGUAAGCCGCCCCAAGUCCUCUUGGAGAAGGGGCGGAAUAGAAAUAAAGAUAAUGAUGCUGAUUAA